AUGGCAUCCAAGAACCCCAUCAUCAUCGUGGGCGUCGGUCUCGCCGGGCUCGUGGCCGCUUUCGAGCUACAGGAGAAGAGUGUCCCCGUCGUCUUCGUGGAACAGGAGAACGAGAACAACCUGGGCGGACAGGCCUUUUGGUCGCUCGGUGGCAUCUUCUGCGUCGACUCAGCCGAGCAGCGACGCAUGGGCAUCAAGGACUCGCGCGAGCAGGCCUGGCGCGACUGGCAGGGCUCGGCAGCCUUCGACCGCGACGACGAGGACGUCUGGCCGCGCCGCUGGGCACGCGCAUUCGUCGACUUCGCGACGGAUGAGAUGGAGGAGUACGUCAAGGCGCGCGGCAUGGGCUUCAUGGCCAACGUGGGCUGGGCCGAGCGCGGCGACGGCACGGCUAGCGGCCACGGCAACUCGGUACCGCGGUUCCACUUGACCUGGGGCAGCGGCCCGGAGGUGGUCCGGGCCUUCGCCGAGCCCGUCCGGAAGGCGGCGGACAUGGGCCUCGUGCAGUUCCGGUGGCGGCAUGUCGUGGACGAGGUCGUCGUGGACGAGACAUCGGGCCGCGCCGUCGGUGUCAGGGGCCGCGUCCUCGAGCCGGACGACGGGGCGCGAGGCGUCAAGUCAUCGCGCGUCGAGGUCGACCGCUUCGAGCUGCACGGCGCCGCCGUGCUUAUCUCGUCGGGCGGCAUCGGCGGCAACCUGGACGCCAUCAAGGCCGCGUGGCCCGUCGACCAGCUCGGCCCCAAGGUGCCCGAGCACUUCGUCAUUGGCGUCCCCGCGCAUGUUGAUGGUCGCAUGAUCGGCAUCGCGGAGACUGCGGGUGCCCACGUCAUCAACCGCGAUCGCAUGUGGCACUACAACGAGGGCCUCGAGAAUUGGAACCCCAUCUGGCCCGGCCACGGCAUUCGCGUCUUGCCCGCGCCCUCGUCGCUGUGGCUCGACGCCACGGGCAAGCGGCUACCGCCGUUUCUCUUCCCGGGCAGCGACACACGCGGCACGCUCAAGUAUAUCUGCAGCACCGGGUACGACUACACGUGGCUCGUCCUCAAUCAGGCCAUCAUCGCGUGCGAGUUCGCCUUGGCAGGCUCCGAGCAGAACCCCGACAUCACGGGCAAAAGCAUCUGGCUGCUGCUGACGCGCGUCUUCGGCUCUAAGGGCACCGUCCCCGUCCAGAGCUUCCAGAAAUACGGCAAGGACUUUGUCGUGCGCGACACGCUCGACGAGCUGGUCGAGGGCAUGAAUAAGCUCGCCGCCGAACGCAACGGCCCGACCCUCGAGCUGGUCCAGAUCCGCGACGUGGUCGAGGCCCGCGACGCCCAGAUGAACAACGCCUACUCCAAGGACGCCCAGGCCAUGCUCAUCAAGAACGCCCGGUCCUACUGGCCCGAUAAGCUCAGCCGCGUUGUCAAGCCCCAUCGCCUCCUCGAUAAGGGUAAUGGGCCGCUUAUUGCCGUGCGCAUGAACCUACUGACGCGCAAGACGCUGGGCGGCAUCGAGACGAACCUUAGCAGCAACGUCAUGCGCGCCGACGGCACCCCCUUCCCCGGUCUAUAUGCCGCGGGCGAGGCGGCCGGCUUUGGCGGCGGAGGCGUCCACGGAUACAACUCGUUGGAGGGGACGUUUGUGGGCGGCUGCAUCUUUUCGGGGCGGGCAGCGGGGAGAGGCAUUGCCGAAGAAGUAUCCAAGGCCUAG